CGCUUUAUGGCGACGGUGUCGUGCCCCAGUCCGUCAGAUCGUAGUCCUCCGUAUUUUGCAAGAAACGUUUGUCAUCGUGCUCAUUAUUGUUUUUCAACGGUUUAUCCUGUGGUCGACUAACGAGUCGAAGUUAUCCUCAACAAAUUUGUUUUAUAAAAUCGUCAAGACGAAGCUCAAAAUGUCAUUGGGCAAUCACGUUGCCCUUACACCCCUGGAGGAUAUGUCAGCUGGCCGGGGACAAAGGGGUGGGGGGCCACCUCCAAAUUGUGAAAAGGUUUAUAUACAACGUGACUACAGUGAAGGAACUAUGGUCAAGUUCCAGACUCGGUUUCCUGUGGAGUUAGAGAGCAGAUUGGACAGACAAUCGUUCGAGUACACAGUCACUCAGUUGAACAACUACUUUGCCGAAGCAGAACGGGCCAGUUGUUCCACGUAUUGUGAAAGCUGCUUGGCUUGCCUCACCGGUUAUCUAAUUUACAUAUGCACAGAGACUCAGUACGAAAAGUGUUUGCGUAAGGUGGCCAAGUUCGUUUGUGAACAGAAUGACAGAGUAUACAAGCCGCGUGGGCUGUUACUAACAGAUCCGGCGUUGCGUGGUCUUAGGCUAAUAGAAAUCUCAGUACUAGAUAGACCUGCGUCGUGACUGCACAUUAGCCGAUCCAGGGAGUUCUUUAUGUGAUCCGCGCAUUUCUGCCACUUUGCCAGGAUUACAGCCCCAUAUGAGCCGUUGAGUGUUUCUGGACAUAACCACUUUGAGUUCCGAUCUUCUUCGACUUAAUUGUGCAAUGUGAAUUCUGCAACGAUCCAUGAAUAUCAACAAAUUAUAUUUUCAGCAAACUCUACUGUGAACAUACAUGCAAUGUUGUUUGGAAUUCCUCGAAUGACGCUUACCUUCUCGGAUAGUACAUGGGAUAAGAAACUAGAGCGAAUAUGUUUCAUUUACGACUUCGAGUUCGAGAAUAAAGUCUCCGGGGUGUACUCGGAGAAUAAAAAGGUUUGUCCGCAGACAACGACAGAGUUUAAUUGCAUGUAUGUUUUUUGAUCGAACGAAUGUAAUUUUUCAUUCGGUGUUCAUGCUCGGUCGCAGCGUGAACACUCACGACACCAUGACGUUGUAUAAGUUCAAUUUUGUACGCGUACAGUAAUAUAUACCAGUGUAAGCGAAACAAUUCAGCAAAGAAACAACAACGUGCGCGUGCAAACAAUAGCGAACAUCAUGCGCCUCAGCAAAGAUUGCUCGAUAAUCUGCAACGGAUGAUACCGUGUACGUGUUGUUUCUUUGCGAACAAAGGUUCAAGCAAUUUUUUACUGUUCAUUUGAAGACUUUACCGUCAUCUGCAUUUAACAGGCGACACCAUGAGCCAAACUUGAGUUCCUCGCACUGUUCCCCAUGGAAUAGACUUGGCCUCAAAUUUGAUUCUCACCUCUCUCAAAUACCGAGGAACGUUAUCCGGCAUAUUGUGAGUUUGACACUUUCGAACACACACACACACAACAGACAGACAUCAGACAUACACACACACACACACCCAAACAAAACAGGGCGACACUUCAGUUUUCUCCUCUUCCGCGAUCUUAUCUUCCAUGAAUGCUUGCGUUUUAUUAUCGGGCAUGUUACGGGUCAAGUUAUUCACUUCUUGCCGUGGGUUGACAAACCUUGAAAACCGGGAAACGAACGUACAACUGAAUUCGAGAUCGAAAUUGCUGGCACAAAAAGGUGUGUUCUGCGCUGAGGGGGUCCAGGGAUUGGCUAAGAGAAAUUUCUAUACGGGACGAACACGAACACGAAGAGACGAAUGAAAGAGGUGAAACUCUAUUUAGUAGAUUAUAUUGUAUUAAAAAAACGGAUUCAUCGUGCGAGCAUUGUGAUCAAGGAUACAAACCACACGAGAGUACGCACCGGCCGGCGUCGCGGUGUUGGGAGUGCACGUAUGCUGUGUAUGGCUGUAUAUGCGUGGCGAUCAUUUUUAUUUUAUAUUUUUGUACAAACGUAACCGUGGAUACAUCUCCGCGCGAGCGACACGACCGUUAUGCGAGGCCCCUCCUCCUCGUCUUGUCCGUCAACGCUGGUCGCUCGACGUUUUCUCUCGUAUCCGUUUCUCUGAUUCGACUGGUUUGUGAGAACGGGAUGAUCUCAAAGCGACUAUAUUGAUUUCAUUGUCGUCGGUGAUCGUCGCUCGGUCCAGAACGAGGCGACCGUUCACGAAUAACUAUAUAUAUAUAUAUGUAUAUCAUUAUACACCUUUUUAUGUGUCGAGCGUGUCGGGGUAUACUUAUCUACCGUGCACAGUUUCACAGGGAGGAGCAAGGAUUCAUUUUAUACUGCGGGCAACGUACGGUCUCGUCCUUGGUCACAAUGAGCUGCGGAGCCUGCCGAGGUAAACGUCGCGACGGGAUCAACGAACGGGAGAGACAGAUGUGCAUAUGAAAUUUUCCAUGGCCUGGAUUCCUUGACAUUGAUAGUGCUCGGGGCGUUCGCGUGGCUCGGCCUGCCCCCCUCCCCCUUGGAAAAACGACGAUUGCGCGUACACACACACGAUGCAGAGGGGUAUCAUAACGUCGACGGUCAUGCACCACCAUGCAUCCUCAACACGUUCAUCGCACGCGGUUUUUUAUACCAUCGCAGCGUUCAGUUAUACCCGUACAGUUCUCCAAUGUACAGUUACUCGGUUUUGUCCACCGUCCGGCUGUGGCAUUGUUAUUGUACCGUUAUCAUACAAUUAUCGUACACCAAGAUAUUAUUAUACAAUUAUCAUACACCGACGUAUCACCGCCGUACGUUGCUGUUAUCUUACAGUUAUACAUUAUCGUACAGAGAUCGUGGCUGUUACCAUACACCGUUAACACUAUCACGAAGCGUCCACGUGGCUAACAUACGAUUAUCAUACAGCUCGCGCUGUUAACGUCACGCUGCGACACUAUAUCACACGUUAUCGUACAACUGUCAUACAAAUGUCGCGUGGCGAACAUACGAUCGUCGUUCAGCUUAACGUUGUUAACACGCGCCGCGACACCGACACACACACACACGCUAUCACACACAACUAUCGUACAAUGUCCACGUGGCUAUCGUACACUUAUCAUACGCGGUUUUGCUAUCGUCCUGUCGCGCACGGCUCGAUCGCUGUCGCAGGCUCGACGUGGACGCUAUCAUACAAUUACCCUACUUGUCUUCGUACGGUAUCAUAGGACUAGGGGUUGGCUUGUUAUACAGUACGAUAAAAGGGUCACGUCACGCAAGGUGUAUCACUAUGUGUUCAGCGAGGCUGAGCGGGGAUUUCCAAUGGGACAGCGCGCACGCUCGCGUUCCUCGAGCAUCGUUAAUCAAGAGAUCAAUGAAUCUCGCCAAAUAGCCGCGUCACUGCCACGACGUUUGUUUCCGCGUGAUCAGUGAAUAAGAGAAACCGAAGGGACGGGACGGGGAAAAAAGAAAAGGGUCGGGAAAGAGGGACUCGUGUUAAAACAGUAGCUUGACGAGCACAGAUCAAAAAGAAGCGACGACAUUGUCCGUCGUCGCGAACGUUGGACCGCGCCAGGCUCCGCACGUAUGCAACGACCCACAUACAAACUCAGAGAGAGAGAGAGAGAAAGAGAGAGAGAGAGACACGCGCGUUGCAUAAUGUUGUAAAUAGCGAAUCAAUUGCCGACAAAUGUACGGGGAGUACGAAGAAAGAAGAAGAAACCGUUUGUUAUACUUAAUUUAAUCGUAGGACCAAAACGUUUGCUGAUUCGUUAGCGUGUAAAAGGACACCGUCGUUCGAGUGUAAUUUCUAAAUGUUUUAUUAAUAAAAACUGCGUGAAAGCCA